AUGUCGAAGCUCUUCACUCCCCUUCGCAUUGGGGGAAAAACCCUCAAUCAGCGAAUCGCCAUGGCGCCCAUGACCCGUCUUCGUGCCGACCAAUUGCAUCUCCCCCUACCGUCCGUACCGAAGUACUAUGAGCAGCGUGCGAGCGUUCCGGGAUCUCUUAUCAUCACUGAAGCUACUGUGAUUAGUCCUCGACAUGGUGGGUAUCCCAAUGUACCAGGCAUUUACAACGACAGCCAAGUAGCUGCCUGGAAAGAAGUUACAGAUAGUGUUCACAACAAGGGAUCCUACAUUUACCUCCAACUCUGGGCCUUGGGUCGAGCAGCAAACCCUGCUUUCUUGAGCCAAGGGGGUCAUCCGCUUCUCUCGGCUAGUGACAGCCCAAUGAAGAGCACAUUCAGCGACGAAAUUCACCAUCCUCGCCCUAUGACCGAAAAGGAAAUAUAUGAGUCUAUCGCCGACUUCCGGAAUGCUGCCAGGAAUGCGAUCAAAGCUGGAUUUGACGGUGUGGAAAUCCACGGUGCAAACGGUUAUCUUGUGGAUCAAUUCCUCCAAGAUGUCUCCAAUAAGAGAAUGGACAAAUGGGGCGGAAGCAUUGCGAACCGGUCGAGGCUGGCUGUUGAGGUUACCCGCGCUGUGGUAGCGGAGAUCGGUAGCCAGCGCACUGCAAUUCGACUGAGCCCUUGGAGCAAAUACCAAGGAAUGCGCAUGGAAGAUCCCAUUCUGCAGUUCUCGAAUGUUGUGCGACAACUGGCCCAGUUCAAGCUGGCUUACCUUCACUCUUGCGAAGGCGACGCCAAAAACAAUGAUGGCGACCUAAACUGGCUGUUGGAGGCAUAUGGCGGAAGCAGCCCCGUUCUAGUUGCUGGUAACUAUAAUGGAACCUCGGCCAAGACUGCAGUUGACACUACGUAUGCCAAACAUGAUGUGGUGGUUGCGUUUGGUCGCCCAUACAUCGGAAACCCGGAUCUACCAUUCAGGGUGAAGCACGGAUUGCCCUUCGCGGAGUUUGAACCGGCAACAAUGUAUGGACAAGGCUCAGAGGGCUACGUUGAUUAUCCUUUCAGCGAAGAGUUCAAAGCAGCCAAACAUACAUAA